AUGGACUCCAGUACAUCCAACUUCGAGAAAAGUGACUGGCCCCAUGCGCUUCAUGAUCACGAUGUAUUUACGAGCUAUAAUUUAUCUUUAAGACCAACCAAUUCUAAGCAGGAAUAUGUUAGUCCGACCCCAAUUAGCAGGAUUAAUCCCGGUAUGCUUAAUAGUAAGUACUUUAAUGUGGCUAAUUAUGUAUUUGUUAUUGAAAAUUACUCUUUUUGUCUUGAAUUUGUAGCCCAAGCUUACACUAAGUAUAUUCCUUCUGGUCAUAUAUGCAAUAACCCAGUCCAAGCUGAAGUUAAUAUUAAUGGAAAUGGGCAGUUGGAAAAUCAGCAUAUUGAGAGUUCCCAAGCACCCUCGAAAAAACUUUGUCCAAUUUCUGAGCAAGAAUGGGCUUAUAUUGCUCAACCAACUAGAGAUCCUCGUAAUUGCAGUAGUAUGGAACAAAGUUAUCAAAACGAGGUUCCUGAGCCGACUUACAGUGGAUAUCAAGACCUCAUAACCCCCCAGCCGGAUCUUGAAUACAGUUAUCCACGUGAAUUUAGAGGAAAAGAUAGUGGAGUAGAUAAUGAUAAUGCUGAAAUGCUUUAUUACUCUAAUUCACAAACACAAUAUGCUCUUCAAUCGUCACCUUUGUCUUAUCUCGGUCAAUGGUUUCCUCAACUUCCUUCCCAAUCUCUAGUAAUGAAUCCUCAGCCACAAGAUUACCAGUCGGAAUAUCCAGAAAUUUCGUGUCAUUAUCAACCCAUUCCACAAGCCGGACUUCUGGUUCCACCUACAUCAAAUCCAAACCGUAAUAAAAGAGGACGCAAAUCAAAGACCACUGCUAGCGACCCUCGUAGUUGUACACUUAUUGCAACUGAUGGGACAUCUUGUAAAAAAAUCUGUAUUAUUUGCGAAGAGAGACCUAUCAACGAGAAGUUAAUAAGUCUCGAUUUAUGUCAAUACUGCUUAGUUGACUACAAAAGUGCGAUUAAUCUUGAUCUAUUGGAAGACUGUAAAUGCUCUGCGCUACAAGAAUCUCUUCAUAAGCCAGCAUCUUGUUGGAGAUGUGUAGUGUCAAAGUGUUUAGCUAAAAAUGUAAACAAGGAGGUCGUGAAAACUGCCAAGUUGUGUGGAAAUACUCCACCCGAUCCACUUGCAAUUUUGCAAGGAAUCUUUCCUUUUCCCGAACAGGCAAAUACCUUUACACCCGAGAUUGAUUUCCCUCCAGCUGAACUUGCUCUUCCUGAAUCUUCCUCACUUAUUUCUGUUUUGAAAGAUGAAGAGAUUCUUGCAAGUUGUUACCUUGAAUCGGGUGUUAAUUUUACUGUCUGGGCCACAAAAAUUCCUCUUUUUUCCACAUUUACUCCUCAAGAACAAAUGCAAAUUCUAAAAUCUGGAUUUUUGCCUGUGUUAUUGGUACGUUUUGCAUUUAAAUUGGCCCAACUUCUCCCUACAUCAAAAGUUCCUGCUGAUCUACCAACGCAAGAGACUGAUGUCCCCUUGGCUGAUGUGGUUCUUGGUUCUAACGAACAUUCGUUUUCAUUAGACGAGUUUGAAGCCUUGAAACAAUCAAUGACAAGCAAUGAGUGUCGAUUUGUUCUCUUUCUUUGUUCCGCGGAUUAUCAACUCUCAGAGAAUGAAGAGAGUGUAGAAGAAUCGAUCGAACUUAAUCAGUUGACUAUUUCUCAAAGAUAUACUCUAAGGCAACUAUUCGAGUUAGGGGAAUACUUUCAAGAUCUCAAAUUCUCUCCAUAUGCUAUUCAAUGCUUGUGUAUGGUUCUGCUCUAUGAAAAUGGCAAGUUUAAAUCCCAGCUUCUCCCCACCCUUCCUGCCUUCCCCCUUUUAGCAAAUGCCUGUGUGUUGAAUGACUUAGCUAAAAAACCCGGGAUCCCUGAUGAACUAAAGCUGAAAAUGAAACAACCUCUGAAAGAAGCGCAAAAUUACUUCCGCGUGGCUUUGAGACAAUCGAGCGUAACGGACGCUGAAUACUUUAGAAUGGUCUUCACCCAUCGGCAGAUUCUUAAUUUGGCAGAGAAAUUACGAACUACUGUUGGAAGCUCAUUUCAAGUUCCUGGUAAAAAUAUUGUGGGAUUAGACAGCGUCAUCACUCAAACAUUUCCUGAUUUCAUAAAGGAACAAAAUAAUUCCUAA